AUGGUCGCCGACCCAUCUCAGCAGGGCCAGUCCAACGGCGCUGCUUUCAACCAACCGCAGCAGUUCCAACAGCAACAGCAACGACAGCUUUUCGGCGGAGAGGAGGAGUUCGGCGAUGAGGAGGAGCUUGGUGACGAUGUCGACCUCGUUGUAGGCGACUACUCUGCUCCCUUUGCUGGUGAGGCUGGCGCCGAGGUCGACGAGGCGCAGGCUGCUGCUCUUGCAGCUGCUCACGCUCAGGCUCAGCAGCAGGCCCAAGCUGCUGCCUUGGCUGCGGUGCCCGACCAGAUUCGCAAGUACAUUGUCCUCUUCAACCAGGCUGUCCAGAACAACAACAUCCAGGACAUCAGUAACGCCUACGAGGGAACGUGGAACCGACUCACCGACAAGUUCUACGCCCGCUCCGAGUGGCCCGAAGCCGAGACCAUCGCACCCUUGGUCAACGACGACCAAAAGUUCUUGACCCUCUACCGCGAGCUUUGGUACCGUCACGUCUACUCGCGUCUCAGCCCCGAUGGAGAGGACCGCUUCCACUCGUAUGACAACUACUGCGACUUUUUCAACUUUGUGCUCAACAGCGACGGCCCCGUUCAGCUCGAGCUCCCCGCCCAGUGGCUGUGGGACAUCAUCGACGAGUUCAUCUACCAGUUCCAGAGCUUCUCGCAGUGGAGGAACCGCGCCUCGAACAAGUCGGAUGACGAGAUUGCUCUGCUUCAGGAUGGCGGCGUGUGGAGCAGCUACUCGGUGCUCAACGUGCUCUACUCGCUCAUCCAGAAAUCGCGCAUCACCGAGCAGCUCGUGGCCGCCAGCAAGGGCGAGGACCCGGACGAGGUCGCCGGCGAGUUUGGCUCCAAGCCUCUCUACCGCAUGCUUGGCUACUUCAGCAUUAUUGGGUUGCUGCGCGUCCACGUCCUCCUCGGCGACUACACACUCGCGCUCAAGAUGCUCGACCACAUCGAGCUUAACAAGAAGUCGGGCCUCAUUAACCGUGUUACGGCUUGCCACGUCACCGCCUACUACUACGUCGGUUUCGCCUACCUCAUGCUCCGCCGCUACCCGGACUGCAUCAAGAGCUUCACGCACAUCCUGGUGUUCAUCAUGCGUCUGCGCCAGUACCACACGCGCUCGUACCAGUACGACCAGAUCAACAAGACCGCCGACCGCAUGUACGCGCUGCUGUCCAUGGCGUGUGCGCUGUGCCCUACGCGCCUGGACGAGAACAUCCAGACGCAGAUGCGCGAGAAGUACGGCGAGCAGUUCAACAGGAUGACCAAGCCCGGCACUGAGGGUGUCGCCGCGUUCGAGGAGCUCUUCCUCUACGCCUGCCCCAAGUUCAUCACGGGCAACUCGCCGCCUUACCACGACGAGGAGGCGCUGGCCGAGUACAAGGACAGGACCGUGUUCCCGGACCCGACGCAGCACCAGCUGCGUGUGUUCUUGGCGGAUGUCAAGACGCAGCUGUCCAACGCCAACGUGCGCUCCUUCUUGCGCCUGUACACAACGCUGGGUACCGACAAGCUCGCGUCGUUCCUCGAGAUCGACGAGGAGGAGCUGGUCGAGAUGAUGAUGGUCAUGAAGAACUCGACGCGUUCACUCAAGUGGAGCAGCGGGUCGUUGUUGGAGGGCGAAGUGGUCAACACGAGCGACUUGGACUUUGUCAUCGACACCAACAUGGUGCACAUUGCUGAGUCGCGCGUCGGCCGCAGGUACGGCGACUGGUUCCUCCGAAACGGUACCAGGAUGCACGACGUGCUGAGCAACAUCCAGAGCAAGCCGUUGCCCAUUGUGACCAAGCAGGCGCAGGACGAGGCUGCUGCUGCUGCCGCCGCCGCCGCCGCGGCUGCUGGAGCAGACGGCAAGGAUGGAAAGAAGAAGAGCGCUUGGGCUGGCGGUGCCAAGUCUGGCGGCGCAAGCUUCUCGCAGCGUGCUGCAGGUGGCGGCAGGCCAAAGACCUCGGGUGCUCCAUCAGCAGCGGGCGGUGCUGCUCCCGCUGGCGCUUGGGGUUUCAGCAAGGCUCAACCUUCGGUUACCGCUUGA